AUGCGCGUCCAGCUUCUGCGCUGUGGCUGCAAGGCCUGUGUAGUGGUAGUCGUCGCUACAGAGUGCCCGGCUCAUGGAUUGUCAGCUCAGCAGGCUUGUCUCGACCGAAGAAGCCUACAGUCAUUUGGCGCCAGCUCGUCCGCAGGGUCAUCCUGUUUUGGCUCCUCCAAGGAAGGAGUAAUCAAGGAUUGGUCAACGCAAGGGGUAAAGCCAAUGUGGAUCUGGGACGCACUUCUUCAGCGCUUCAGUAUCAUUGCUGCAACCGCACCAACCCUGGUCAUCGUGCAACGUUUCACUCACCACCACGUGACCGGAAGGUUCGGCGGAAGCGACGUCCUAGAUGCAAUUCGGCACGAGUCUGGGGUAUUACCUUUACAGGCCAAGAAGAGGAAAUGGCUGUUCGUUUACUUCUCGAAUUGA